AUGGUUUCAAUAGUUAAUAUAGUUAAUCUAAAGUAAAGCGAUACUUUUUCAUAUGCUAUAUACAUUAUUGCUAUGAGCUUUAUGGUAUUUUAUUUCAUAUACGUUGGAUGCUUGACUAUCGUGACAAACUAUCUUAAAGAAAUCAAUGAUGAGUUUCAGAAGAUUAUUUCAACAAUAAAUGAAAUCUUGAACCUUUAUUUCACUCUAUUUCUAAAUGUUUUUUUAUCAUUUUACUUAGAGAUAAAUUGCUCAUUAAUUUUCUGCUCUAAAAAGAGCAUGCUUUCAAAUAUGAGGCACUAGUUUUAUGACCCUACUAUUUUAACUUGCACAAUUCCUACUUUUUAAGUUGUUUUAGGAAUAUUUGGUUUAUUUUUGACUUUGCUAACAGCUCUACUUACAAAUUACUAUUUUAGGAACUAUGAGUUUUUGGAGAAAAAUAUUUUGAAAAGAAAGUUUACUAUCCUCUAUUUUAGUUUAACUGCUUUAAGAGUUGUGAUUACAUUUGUUGAAUUUUAGUGGUAGAAUUAAAAUAUGUUAGUUGCAAAGCAUGUUAUUGCACAGAUAUUUGGUAUUGUGAGUAUUGUAGAUUAUUUUUUAUAUCUGCCUUAUACAGAUCAGAUUAUAUCAAAAUAUUAUCUAAAUGUUAUAGCUUUUUAUCAAUCAGCAGUAACAUGCAGCAAUUUUUAUUUCUGGUUAAAUGUUAUUAAUGGGUAGGAAAUGUUUUAUUUGACAGUUCUUUUGGGAUUGAUAUUCAGAGCUGUAUUAGAUUAAACGCUUAAUUUUAAAUAUGAUUACAUUAUGCAAGGAAAUUGGAAGACUGAAAGAAUUAUCAAUAACUUGGAUUUCUAUCUAGAAUAGAUUAUAUAACUUGGUUAAUAGUGUGCUACAUAAGAAGAAGCUAAAACUAAACUUUAUAAGAUUUACAAACUUCAUUAGAUAAAUUGUAAUGUACCAAAUUGCGUUUGCCAUAAAUAUUAAAAAUUAAAUAUCAAAACUCAGUAAGAAUAGGAAAUAGAAGAUAAUCUAAAAGAAGAUUCAAGCAAAGAUAUUGAAAAUAAUAAUGCAGAAGAUUCAGGAAUAAAUAUGUUAUUGUUGUACUAAUUUGUAGAUGUGAUUUUUAAAUGGAUGUUUUCUUAAAAAUGUAUCACUUAAAACAAAAGUUAAUUUCAAAAAUUAUCGCUGAAAUAUAUUUCUUUUAUGGUAAAAUAUUAAAACAAUCCAGUUCGAGCUUAUUAAGAACUAAAAAUACUUCAAUUGAAGAGUAUUUAAUUUUCAAUAUUUUUCGAAAUAUUAUCACAAAUAAUUGAAGUCAAAAUAUAGAAUACUAUUUUAAACCAGCAAGAAAUUAGUGAAUCAAAUAGCACUUUAAGUAGUUCGAAAAUUGAUAAUAGAAAUAACUAAAAGUUAAAAUAAGUUAUUCUUCAUAACGAAUUAAGAAUCGAUGUUCUUUUGGAAGUUGAAAAAUUAUGCUUAAAAUAUAUUAGCACUUUUCUUGAAAUUAUAGAUGAGAAACAAGGCUUAUGGAGUCUUCUGCAAAACGGGUACAAAGAUAUAGAUGGUUUUUAAAAAGACGCUUUAAAGCUGAUGAGAAAAAUUAGUCUUACUAGAACGCAAUUUUAAAAAUAAACCUAGUAAAUUAAGCAAGAAAUGCCAGAUAUUGAAAUUUGCAUCUAAUUUUAGAAAUUAAUUUAAAUAUUUUAUCUAUUUGUUAUUAAUGACACAGUGAAAGCGAUUUAAUUAGACUUGAAAAUAAACGAAUUAAAAAAAAGAGAUACACUUUCAGAAGAAAAUUAAUUAAAAAAUACAAAUCUCUUAAAAGGUGAAAUAUGCUUACUAGAAAUUAGUUUAGCAGAAAAUAUGGGAAAAAUAUUAAGCAAGAGAGAUGAUAAAACUGCAUAAUUCUUUGGUUAUAAUGACAAACAAGAUUUUCUUAAAAUUAAUAAUAUUAAUAGUCUAAUGCCUGCUCAUAUAGGAAGAGUCCACAAUUAAAUAGUUAAAGAUUAUAUAAAAGGCAAAAAAAAUAAAUUAAAAGGCAGUAAAUAAAUUAUUUAAAGCUUUAUGAAAUUAAAAGAUGGCUUUAUCCACCCAGUCUCUAUAUUUUUUAGAUUUAAUUUUACAACAGUUUCAAACGAUUUUAUAUUAAAUGGAGUAAUUCUUAAAGAGAAUUCGUAAAAAGAUUAUAUUAUCUUUGAUAGAUCUGGAAAAGUAACUGGUAUAACAAAAAAUUUAGCUAAAAACAUAUUAUUUGACUUUCCUACAUUACCUCCUGGAGAUGCUCUAAUCAAAAGAAUGAAUUUUUUGUUAAUUUUCCCUAAAAUUGUGAAAAAGCUUAUUAAUUUUAGAGAUUUAAUACUCAAUGAUCUGUAGCUAAAACAAUAAUUUGGUAAUUAGAAGUUAAACUUUGAAAAAACCAAAAACCAAAAAGAUACUCAUUCCAGAUCUAUUUUGCUGGAUGACUAAUCAUCUUCUACUAUAAUAUACUCAAAUCUUUCAAAUUACAUUAGAAAAUUUAUGAAUUUUAUCAAUAAAAAAUCAUAAAAUUCAUAGCAUUCUUAAUAUGACUAGCUAGAUUUAUUAGAUAAAAGCUGUCUUUCUAUUUUAAAGCAAUUUGAAGAACAAGACUUGGAUGACUAGAAUACAAAUAGAAGUAAUCUUUCGUCAGAAAGAAGAUUUAACAAAACACUAAAAAGUGAAGAUGAAAAAUAUUUUACUAAAGAAUUCACUAAAAAGAGUAUGAGUAUGGCUAAAUAAGCAUAAAAUAAUAUUCGUAUGAAAAUGAAGUACAACUAUUAAAUAUAGUAUCGUAUCAUUGACAAGGAAGAUCAAAAGAAAAUCAAUUAAAAUGUUAUUUCUAGGAAUUAAAAUUUUAAUCAAAAAGAAGGAGAAAAGAUUAAGUCAAACAGAUAGAAAGAUGUUUAUUUUGUUAUUUGUUUUAAAAAUAUUUAAAUUUCAUAAUUUCAUCAAAAGCAAAAGGUUUAAAAUAAAAAUAAAUUCUUAUCGAAUAUAUAUGAAUACUUAUAUUCUACUACUUCUAUUAUUCCUCUCUCAAAUAGUAUUAAAGGUAUCAAGUUUUCUCCAAACCAACAAUCUUUGAUUAUAGAAUAAUAAAGUGAUUCACCAUUAAACUAAAAGAUAACCAAUUUAUCUACUCAAAUCAUUGACUGCAUGUCUCCCAAUUAAUAAAAGUAAAAUGAGACUGGCUUAAGUUUUACUUAAAAUAAAAUGAUAAAGAAAUUCUUAAAAUCCAUUCAUCAAAAGAACAAUAAUCAGUAACAAAAAGACUAAAAAAAUGUAGGAGAUACUGAUGAUUAAUUUUAAGAUGAUAACUUAUCUUCAAAUUUGUAAUCAAGCUUAAAUGUUUCGUUUAAUACUGAUGAGAGUUAUUAAGUCUAAGGCUUUUAAUAAGAUGAAAUAAAUAAAUAAAUCUAAAGCUUGAUUAAGAAUAAAACUAAUUUUUCAGGAGAUAUAGAUGAUUCUUUUCCAGAAUUAGAUGAAUUGUUUUAAAAAUACUCUUUUUAAAAAAGUUAGUUAACAUUAAUUGAUAAAAAUACUUAAAUUAAAAAAAUAUUACAAAAUAGAUCUUUAUCCUCUAGUUUUGGUAAAGCUCUCGAGGUAGCUGUUUCAGAGGCAUUAAUUUAAAAAUAAUUAGAAAAAUAGUAAUAUUAAGCUGAAAAUAAAAUAAAUUAUUAUCAUACAAACAAUAAUGAGAUUGAAACUUAUUAGCCAGUUACAUUUAGAUAAGGUUUUGAGUAAUAAGAAAUGGAAUUAAGCUUUGAAAAAACUCCAUAAAAUAUAAGAUAAAAGUUAGAACCAACUUAUAACAUAUAAAUAAAUAAUAAUUUAUACAAUAUAAGUUAUUAAAACCUUGAUUAAUCUAAUAUUCACUCUUAAAUUGUAGAAAACAACUAUAAUGAAAUAGACUUUUCUAAUAGAGUUAAUUUUAUAGAUAACCAUUAAUAAGACAAUGCUAACACAUCGCUUUUCAUUUCAAAAUAAAAAUAUAAAGAUCCUAAUUAGCAUUAAAAUGAUUAGAAUUUUCUAAACAUAUCAGCAAGACCUAUUUUAGAUUAGUCCUAUAGAAGCAUAAACUAGAUACAAACAGACUAAGUUAUUAAUAACACUCAAAUUUAUUUAAAUGGAGUAAAAUAUUUAGAAGAUUAUUCUAAUAAAAAUAAUCAAGAAAAUUUAAUCUUACCAAACCAAUCAAGUGCAGUAAAGUAAAAUAAAUUGAUAACUACUGCUUCUUAGAUAGAUGUUUAUAAGCAAUAGAUACCCAGCACAGACAAUAUAGAAUAUUAAAAAAUUAGUCUUAGAAACUCUUCUGAUAGAUAAGAUAUUUAGGAUAACUCUAACAAUCAAGAAGUAAUUUAAGAAAAAAUAAUUGCUAAUAUACUGAACAAAAAAGGGAUGAUUGCUAAUGGUAAAAACAGUAUAUAAACAAGUGUUCAUUCUUCAAGAUCUUCUAGUAGUUAUGCAGGUUUCUUUCUUAAAGAUAUUAUCGUGAGAUCAAAAGUACCUCAAGCUGCAAAGAACUAUAGAUUUCUACUAAUUUUAUUUUUAUUAGUUUUUCUUGCUUUAAAUAUAACAAAUUUAGUAGUCAUAUAGGGUGAUAUUGAAGUAUUUUCUGAAAAUGUAUAAAUACUGAAAUAUCCAAGAAAAUUUUUAAGAGCUUAUGGUAAAGCAUUUUUCGGAUACUAUAUUUAGAUAUAAAUACAAUUAGGAUUUCUCAAAGAUACCUCUGAUCAGUAAUAUAUGAGCCUUACAGAUGAUUACAUUUUAAGAGGAGUUUAGGAAUAUAAAUAACUAUCAGAUAGCUAUUCAACAUAAUUAACAAAAUUGGUUGAAGAGUAGAUAUAAAAUUAGGAACAACAAUUGUAGACAUACUAUUUAUUUAAAAAUAGAGAGUAAGCUAUAUUUAAUAUUACGAAAUCUCUCAUGUAUCCCUAACACUUGUACUAUUUACUAAUUUUAAUUAAUGAAAAAAGUUAAAUGCAAAGAACAGAUUCAUUUCUGUAUUUAAGAUAAAAUUACUUUUCAUUUAGUUAAAAUAUUAUUGAUUAGGUUGAUUUAUUAAUAAAUGAUACAAUUGAUGCUUCUAAUAGCUUAAUUUUUAAAUUCUAAGUUAUUAAUAUAAUAGCAAUUAUUUUAAUUGUAGUUAUUGCUUUGACUUCAUUGCCAAUUAUUAGAUAAAUUAACUUUUACGAGGAAAAAAUUGUGAUGAUACUCACUCGUAUAAAUUUUGAAUAAUCAGAAGUAGAAAAAACAAAGUAUACAAUAUGCAAGUAGCUUAUAAAUAUAGAAUUAGUUGAAUGGAUGAGCUAUAACUAUUUUGAUAUCUUUAGUUUAAGUUGUAAAAAUGGUGAUAACACUAAUCAAACUAACAGGCAUAGUUCUAAUUCAAAGAAUAAUGGUUUAAAAGAAAGAAAAGAAAUUAAGAAACUUCCAAAAUCAAAAGUCAGUAAUAAGCAAAUAUCUUAAGAAUAGUCAAACAUAUUUUAAAAAAGCAGCAUCUUUAAUCUUAAAUAGGCAUAAGAGUCUUAACUAACUUUAAACUAAAAUGUUAAACAUCAAAUAAACUCUCAAAACUAAGAUACUAAAAAUGUUAUACAAUCAGAAAAUAUAAUUAGCUCAAAUGCUGUUUCUUCUAAACAAAAGUUGAAAAAAUAAAAUAUUUCAUCGAAUACAAACCAUCGCUCUUAAAGUAAUCAAAUCUUACAGGCUAGAAUACAAAAUUAAAAAUUAGGAAUUUUCAGGCGAUUCUUAACGUUUUUCAUUUUAGCUUUUAUAAUUUGUAUUUACUAUAUUUGCAUUAUCAUCUACUUAAAUUAGAGCGAUGAUCAAAUUAAAAUUCCUGUUUAAAUGAAUUAGAAUAGCAUCAAGCUACACGCAUUACAAACUAAUUUUAAAAUAGCUGUUUCAUUACUUUCGUUUGACCAGUAUAUUUAAGAUGAAUUGUGGUCAAAUUAUUCAAUCAAAGAUCUUCAAGAGUAUUAAAAUUAAAUGGGUAGUAGCUUCAAUCAAGUUUAAGCUAUAAUGCAAAGUAUUACAUCACUUAUUUAUGGUAAAAAUCCUUUUUCUAGUCUUACUGUUUAGUAGCUUAAAGAUAUAUAAGAGGGAAAGGGUUGCUAGUAUUUACAAGUUUACUAAUGCUAACCAUAAGAAGUUUUGGGUUUAACAUUAAUAAAUGCAAACAACUAAAAAUUUUUGAGCGAGUACCCAAAUAUAUUGAAUGUUUAAAAAUCUGAUUACAAUUAGCUAAUAGAGUACUUUAAUGGAUAUGCUUAUAAAAGUACAAUACUAUUCAGUUUUAGAGAAUAAGAUGAAAUAUACGACAUAUAUAGUUCUUUUAUUAAUUAGAGUAUAACAUAGGUAUCAUUGUCAAUUUAAUAGUUUAUAUAAAAUUAUUUAAUUAUUGGUUGCAUUUUUAUUACCUUAGCUAUAAUUAUAAGUGAAUACAUUAGUUGGAAAUUAUUUUUUUCAAGGAUUUAAAUGAUGAAUUUAUUGCUUACUAUGAUACCUGAAGAAAAAUUAUAAGAAGAAGCAACUCUUCAUAUGAUAAGAUAGUUACAUAGAAUGUGA